ACAAGCACAAUGUCCGCCCUCGACGAAGAAUCAACCCUCCUCCGCGGCAACGCCGCCCCGAAGUACCGCACGAACCUGAUCGUCGGGGCGCUCGCCGCGGCGAGCUUCAUGUUCGGCGUUGGGGUCGCGACCACGCUGGACCGCAACGCGGCACGCGCGACCCGCCUCGACAUCGCCGCUCAGGCCGGCAUCGUCGUCGAAGAUUACGUUCCGACGGUCACUGACAAAGCUGGAGAUUACAUAAACGACCCGUCGUCCAUUCCCGUCGAGGACGUUGUUGACACCGUACAGCCUAUCGUUGAGAAGGUGAUCGACAACUUCGACCCUGAUGAUGUUCCGAGCUGGGUCGAGCCGAUCGUCAAGACCGUGAACGGCAUCGUCGGCUGGAUCAACGGCCUUCUCUCGGGCAAUGGCGGCGAACCAGGGUGGGACGAAGACGACGAAACGAACGCGAAGGUCCUCUGCCCCGGCACCACGCUAGGAGAUGACCCGUCGUCGUCCGAUUACUGCGACUGCAUGGGCGAUUGCACGGACCCCGAGCGCUCCGCGUGGUGCUCCUGCUCGGAAGCCCAGCUCUGCUGCGCGAUCCCAGAGACGAAGGACGACGACACGACCGACGACACGAGCGGCACGGGCGGCGAGUCAGACGACAUGAGCGGCAUGAGCGCCGGCGACGACACGGCAGUCAUGGCGAUGGCGUCGCCGUCCUUGCGCAGCGCCGCCGCGAGACGCUCGCGCCGGCCGCGGUUUCGCUUCUCGGCGAUGCGCGGAAAAACAAAGGCCGUCGAGUCGUUUAGAGCCCAUGGGUGGAACGCGUCGGCCGCGUCCGCGGCGCACGCCAAACUCAGGAGGGCAAUCAUUUUUUUACUUGCUUUAAAAUGUCAUCACGGAUCGCCGCAUCGCCCUGAGAAUUGA